AAAAAAACACAAAACAAAAGAGUUAAGUUAAAAACAAAAGAAAACAAAACAAGGAAGGCAACUCUUGGUUCAUGCUUUAUUCUACGAAGAAAAGCCUCCCCCUCUCAUCGAUUCAGAUCAAUCACCCAAACUCUCUCUCUCUCUCCAAAUCCAACAAAACCCACGUCGAAUCCUCACAAAUCUCACCGACCCAUUUCCUAUUCUCAAGGUCUGAGACUCACCAGCUUUGCUUUUCUCCACCGAUCAACUACCUUAUUGCUGUCUCUACUCUCUGUGCGUCUGAACUUUGAGAAAUGGACGUAAAUUCUGUGUGCGUGCGUGUGGUGCUGGCAUGCAGUGUGUGAACACGUGGGGGUGAGACUGAGGGAGAGAUAGAUAGAAAGAGAAGACCUUUGGGAAAUGGCGAAUCAAGUGGUGAGAGUGAGGAGGGAGACGAUUGUGGCGUGCAUGACUUGUCCUUUGUGCAAUAAGCUCUUUAGAGAUGCCACUACCAUUUCUGAAUGCCUUCAUACGUUUUGCAGGAAGUGCAUCUAUGAUAAGAUUUCAGAAGAGGAAUUAGAAUGCUGUCCAAUAUGCAAUACUGAUCUGGGUUGUGUUCCUCUGGAGAAAUUAAGGCCGGACCACAGUUUGCAAGAUGUAAGGGCCAAGAUUUUCCCUUCUAAAAGAAGAAAGGUAAAUGCACCUGAAGUUGUUCCUUCAGCAACAUUACCUGCUAGAAGAAAGGAGAGAUCACUAUCAUCGUUGGUGGUAAACACUCCUAGAGUAUCGACACAGGUUACUAUGACUGGAAGAAGAUCAAGAGCUGUUGCAAGAAAGGCUGCUGCUUUACAGGGCUCCAGGUUUUCCAUUGAGAAACUCAUUAAAAAGGAGGAAGAUUCUGUGCGAGAUCAUCCUGACAGUUCAAGCUCACCUGAGACUUCAAAUAAGUUUCCUCAGAAUACUAGGCAGAGUUCUUCUCCUGGUGAGCCUAGCCAAUCCACCCCCAGUAAAGAAACAGAGAAUGGUGCUGAACCAUGGGAUGCAAAAUUGGACCUCUGGAAACCUUUAAACUGUUUGGUGGAAGUUGCAAAUAGGACUAAAUCUUUCAAGUCUAAUUCUCAGGGGUCUGAUGCUAAAUUAGAAGCUGCGCAAACCAACACUGACGGUCAAGGGCGAAAAACCAAAAGUAAGGAAAUGAAAUGCAGAUCAAAAGUUGAGGUUGAGAAGAAUAUCACUGAUCCUGUCUCUUCAGAACUAGGAAAACCCAAAAUUUUGCGAAGGGUGAGACGAAAAAGGAAACCUGGUUUUGGAGAAUCAGAAAUUUCACCCCAAGCUGUGCUAGAGGCUGCUGGUGCUAAACAUGAAAGAAGAUUUGGUCCAGUUUGGUUCUCUCUAGUAGCUUCAGAAGACCAGGAAGGAAAUGCACCUUUGCCACAAAUUCCUGCAUGUUACUUAAGAAUAAAGGAUGGAAAUAUACCUGUUUCAUUUAUCCAAAAGUACCUAAUGAGGAAACUCAAUCUCACCAGCGAAGCCGAGGUUGAGAUCAAAUGUAUGGGACAACCAGUUGUCCCCACCUUGCAACUAUAUAAUUUAGUUGAUUUGUGGCUGCAAACGGCAUCAAGAUCAGAACGAGUUCCAGCAUCCAUUGGCUCUUCAGCAAAGGAUUUUGUGAUGGUGCUUGCCUAUGCUCGCAAGGUUCCAGACCCUUGAUCAUAGUUUUCUUCACCCUUCACAUAUUCAACAGUUGGAAUAUACUCCUUAGAAUCUCCGUGGCGAUAGAGUGGCCCUUCUUGAUUUGGCGUGUAUGUUAUGAGUAUGUGUUCUAUAAUUGAUUCCAGAAUCUCCAUGGCGAUAGAGUAGCCCUUCUUGAUUCGGCAUGUAUGUUAUGAGUAUGUGUUCUAUAAUUGAUUCCUUCACAAUAAUCACUGCCACCAUUUUUGCUAGCUACAACGCUCAGGGUAGGAGGAGAGAAAUAAGCUGACUGAACAGCUCUUCCUUAAUGUUAAUCAUGUUGAAAUAAUCCAACUGCCCUCUAUAAUCAGGUGUGGUAUGCUCCUCUGGUUGGCUGUUGCAUGAUUAGGUGGUCCAAUUUUCAAAGGUGUAGAAUUUUAUAAUACUGCAUGAUUUGUAGAAUCCUUCGAAUAUUAACUGAUCACAGUUUCUGGCUACAAGUUGUUCGACUUGCCUGUAAGUUGUAACAGGAUUUACUUUA